AUGUAUUUUGAGAAUAUAGUUACAGUAAAUUCCUUACGUUUUAGGUACAUACAUAUGACGCCUGAAUGGUUUGAACACUUGCUCAGCUUAGUGGGACCCUUGAUAACUAAAGUCAAAGUUAACCCUUCGAUACUUAGCAAGCGGUGAUGACCAGCAGAGUAUCAGCUUCUUGUAUAGAAUUGGCAAAACAACGGUGAGUCACAUUAUCCAAGAGACACUCAAUGCCAUUUGGAAAGCAUUAAAGGAUAAAUAUGUAAGCCCUCCAAAAUCCGCCACAGACUGGAAGAACAUUUCAAGGGACUUUGAAUCCGUUUGGCAUCUGCCACACUGUAUUGGGGCAAUUGAUGGGAAACACAUCGCAAUGCAAUGUCCCAAAAACAGCGGGUCUUUGUAUUUUAAUUACAAGGGAUGGUUCAGCAUUGUGUUAAUGGCUGUAUGUGAUGCAAGUUACAAUUUCACCCUGGUCGGCAUUGGCCAAUACGGUAGUCCAAAUGACAGUAGUGUGCUCAAUAACUCUGAAAUGGGAAAGGCCUUUGAAGAUGGAUCCAUGUCACUACCCCAACCAGAGCAUCUUCCAGGAUGUGGCUUACCUCAACUCCCCUUUUACCUGGUAGGUGAUGAAAUCUUUGCACUUAAGCCCUGGUUACUGCAACCCUAUCCAGGGAAAAAUAUUAGAGAGGAAGAGAGCAUAUUUAAUUAUCGUUUGUCUAGAGCCAGAAGGGUUAUUGAGAACUGUUUUGGAAUUCUUGUUGCAAGAUGGAGAAUCUUUUGCAGAGCAAUUCAAGCAAAAGUUGAAACUGUCCAGGCAAUUGUACAAGCAGCCAUUUGUUUACACAACUACCUGAGACAGACACUGCUUCUUACUGUCCGGCUGGCUUCGUUGACAGCUUUGAUGAUUCAGGAAAUAUUCUGCCAGGAGAGUGGCACAGAAUCACUUCAGCUGAUGAAGAUUCCAGUGCUCUUUGUAACCUACCUGCUGCGAGAGGAACCAGAUAUCGCAAUUAUGCUUUGGAUGUCAGCGAGGCUUUGAAAGCCUAUGUUAAUUCAGACCAAGGUGCUGUUCCCUGGCAAUGGGAUUACAUUUGUAAACGAGGUCCCAUCCAUGAACCCUAG